AUGUCAGCCCUUGGACUGAUCUGUCGUCGGGAGAGUGGUACUCGCUACCGACUCACUCGUCCGCUUGGGGCUCAAAUCCCGGGCAAAACGCCCAAUGUGUGGCUUGCUCGAGAUGUUUCCAAUGAUGCUGAAUAUGUUGUCAAGCAACCUCCCACGGAUACUAGAAGUGACGAUGCAUGGUCACUCGCGGCCUUCAAACACGAGCUAGAGAUGCAAAGGCUUUUCGCCAAUGAUCCAAUGAUCCGUCCGCUUGUCGACUAUGUACCUGAAUCAGAACCUGGUGGGCCAAUGAUGGUUCUAGAGGCGUUUCCGCAGUCCCUAUGGGGAGCUCGACAUACAAGGCCCUUCACUAUACCGGAAAUCAAAUGGGUUAUGAAGGGCGUUCUCUUAGGCAUAUUUACGGUGCAUAUGAAAGGCUUGGUGUACACUGUCAGCAAACCAUGCAGUAGAGAGAUCACUUCUCUUACAUAUCGCAGCCCCGAAGUCCACUUUGGGAAACCGUGGACACAGAGUACAGAUGUCUGGUCCUGGGGGAUAAUUUUGGCCCAGUUGUUGCAAGCUAAAGUUGACUUCAAGUCGCCAGGAAUGUACGAUUCGGGUCAAAUUGGGACACUCAAAGAAAAAUCAAAGGCAGUCCGUGACAAGCUUGCAAUCGAUUUCGACCUCGCAUCUAUUCCAUUUUACGCCGACGAUGAGCGAUGCGCCAAACUAUUACCUCCCGCUCAGCCGGAUGAAGCAUAUAUGUGGGCGAAUACUAUGGUCGAAAAUGGAAUUGCGGGUGAGGAUAUCCAAUUCUUAGCUGAGGUGUUGAACCCAGACCCGAGCGCUCGUCUGACAGUCCGCGAGAUUCUCGAGAGCGGGUACCUGGAUGUAUAA